AUGGAGAAUUUAUUUAAAUUCAUGUCUUGGGUAAAAAUUUAUUCUCUUUUUAGGCACUUCUUUGAUCUCUUUUGAUGAGUUUUGUUAUGAAAGUAGGAAUUUCAUGCUUCAUUUGUGUUUUUUUGUGAGUAGAUAGAGACCCUAGGAUUCCAACUUGUAUUAUGCCAUCUACAUGAGUUUUGCAGAUUGGUUUCUAUCCUUCAUUUUCCCAAUGUUCCAUCUGGAAAGGAGUAUGGUUUGUGGAUGGGGCUUAGCGAUAGACAAGAAUAAGUUAUAAUGAAUGCAUGAGUUUGCUUGGACUUUUUAGCUGUUUUGCUUCACAUGGAAAAGAUUUCUGGAAGAAUCGAAAACUUGUGUGACUGACUGACUUUUUCACUAAUUUGUGAAAGCUAGUUCUCUCUGGAGAGUGAAUUUUCUGUUGUAUCCAGCUUUAGUUUUAGCAUAUAGUUUAUGUCUGCAACAUGUUUUAGAUGCUUUGCCAUGUAGCUUUACAUAUAUUUUGAUCAUAAUACUAAUUGAGUUUCAUUUCUUCCACGUCCAUUUGAGUUUGUCUGUUCCAUCAUCUUUUGUGGUUUGUGCCUGUCUUAUGCAGUCACGCAAUCCUUGUUUGAAAUAGUGUAUAUCAAGUGGUAGAAAUGGGGGUUAAUUUUUUGCAAUUAGAUUGCAAUACAUUCUAUGUAAUUUGUGAGUGUGAUCUCACUGAUAGAUUUUGCUUUGAUUACAUGAAACAAUGUAUCACUUGUGAUAUGGCGGUUCUUGUUGAUGAAUGCAAUGAUACAAGAGGUAGUUUACCAGCGAAUUCAACUGAUGUAAAAUAGAUCAAGAAAGAGGUGAUGCCUAACUGAUUAAAUUUCCUAUAUAGAUGCUGAGAUUUCAUUACUUGAGUAAUAAUGAAGAAACAACUGUUCUCGGUAGUGAUUAUCCAGCUUCGCUUUUGUUUAGGGAAGGCCAGUUCUCUGCUGUGUGGAUUUUCGCUGUUUUAUCCAGUUUGCUUCUACCUUUAUAGUUUACAUAUAUCAUCAUUUUUGUUUGGAUGCUUUACCAUGUACCUUUUCUGCUCGGUUUACUAUCCCCAUUGCAUAGUAUUUGCCUGAUAGAUUUGAUUAUUCCUUGUAUAGAUAAGUUAUUUUCCUGUGUUGUCAGUUGACUCAUAUCUUGUUGAUGCUCUGAAUUUCUCAAUUUUCGUACUGGUCAUUAAUAGACUGUUUUCUGUUGUAUUGUUUGGUUCGAGGGAAGAGGUUUGUGCUUUGGCAUCUUGCCUACCAACCACCAAAACCCAUAGCAUCCCCAUGAUUCUACAUAGCUUUGAACUGACUAAGCUCAUGUGUUGGGAUUAAGUGGACUUCGAGGUUCUGACGUCCAUCGCAAGGUAAAUUAUCGCCUCUUGGCCCGUGGAUAAAAAAUCACCCUUUUUUUUUUUUUCCUUUUCUUACAUUUUGAAUGGCUAGUCAUUCAUUUCCAUCUGCCAUGAGAUUAAUCUUCGAGCCUUGAAGAUAGAGAUCGAGGAGGGUGACCUCUUAUUAAUAAGGUUCUUUGUUUGCGUUCAUACUGCUCGACCACGCUUCUCUCUCCUACUGUAUUUUUUUUGGAAAAGAUGCAUCAUGAGACAGAAUUUUUAGUUUCUCAUGCUGGAAAAAAAGGUUAAAUCAACAGCUAAUGAGCCCACCCUACCCAACAAUAUUGAGUUGUGAAGUCACUCUACCAGUAAUUUGACGAAACAGGCAACAGAAAGGAUGAUAUUGAGAGACCAGGAGCUCUGUCCUGACGAAAGUUUUGAAUCCUCUAGUUUUUCCAAAGAUGGGAUGUGUUUUAUUGAGAACCAAAUAUGAAACAUCGUAAGCCAUGCAUGCAUGUCUUUGUUUCUCUAAGAAUUCUGCUAACAACCACUCCGAGCAUCGGCACAAAGAACAUAUGUUAUAUUUAUUGUUUUGACAGAAUCAACUUCUUAACUCAUAUACCUUCAAAUUCGACUCAGUUAGGUCUCAAGUACUCUAGUUUCCGAGUGAAUUCAGGGGUCCUGACCAGAUUUUACGAUAAGUUUCCAAUUUAGAAUUUUCAGAUUUCGAGAAGCAAGUGACAGACAACUGAGCAAAAGCAGUAACACCAAACACGUCACACAAUAAAAACCCAGACAUAUAAAUAUAAGGUUCUUCCAAGUUUUCUUUUCUUAAACCAGCCAAAAAAAUGGCGUCUAGGGUUUCUCUAAAGACGAAAGGCAAGAGCAGCAGCGGCAAGGGAGCAAAAGGUGUGGAAGAGAAGUCAGCAUCACAGUAUGUCAAAGAAUGGAGCACAUGGACAUUUAAGAAGGCGAAAGUAAUCACACACUAUGGAUUCAUUCCUAUGAUUAUCAUCAUUGGAAUGAAUUCUGAGCCUAAACCCCAGAUUUAUCAGCUCCUUAGUCCCUUCUGAUUCGAGCCCAGACCGUGGUUUCUCUUGUUCUAUGGUGGGUCUGUGCUUAUUUGUCGAAUCUGCUUCCUUUUGAGAAAUGGGUUUUGUUAGGUUUCGUUAGAUUUUACUGUUUUUUGGGGUUUGUAGGUAUGGAUUGAUUAGUAUAAAUGUUAAAGUUUGAACUUUGCUAUGCUGGCUUAUGGAUCGCUUAGUUAUUAGUGAGUGAUUUAGUGAUUUAGUUAUGGCUUAUGAAUGUUAAAGUUCUAAGCUUUUAUUAGUCAGUAAUAAGUGAGUGAUUUAGUGAUACUCAUGAUUGCUUAUGUUGUCAUACUCUUCAUUUUUGCAGGUUUAUUAACCUGGUUUUAUGCUUUUCUU